CUCACUGCAGAUAAAACCCUUUUCUUUCUCCCUUUUAUGCCCUCUCUGCUCAUUCUCCAAAUCAAAACUAAACCACAACUGAAAGUAUAAAAAAACCCUAGUGGGUAUAUAUAUCAAUUUCUUCAUUGUUCUCUCUGUUUCUCUCACUUCUCUGCUUCAAUGGGCUCAAAAGCUUUGCUUCUGGCAACUGGGUUUAUGAUGGUACUUGGAGUUGCAAUCUCAGACACAGAGCAAGAUAAAACAGAAUGUGCAAACCAACUUGUGGGUCUAGCCACGUGUCUUCCUUACGUCGGAGGAACUGCUAAAACUCCAGCCUUGGAUUGCUGUACUGGGCUUAAGCAAGUGCUAGAGAAGAGCACCAAAUGCCUUUGUCUUCUAAUCAAAGAUCGUGAUGAUCCAAGUCUUGGUAUAAAAAUCAAUGCUACUCUUGCUGCUACUCUCCCCAGUGCCUGCAAAGCCCCUGCUAAUGUCACACAGUGCAUCGAUAUACUACACUUGGCUCCCAAUUCGACAGAUGCUAAGGUAUUUGCAGGAUUUGCCAAUAUCGCCAAAGGGAGUAACAGUUCAAGCACUGGAGCAAGUGGGAACUCUACUAAAAGUGGAUCAACUGCAGAGGAGAAGAGUGACGGAGGAAUGGGAAAGAGAUCUAAAUGGGUUGGAGUUGAGAUGAUGAUUUGUGGGUAUUUGCUAUGGGCCUUGACAGCUUUUGGCAUCUGAUGAUACGAGUGAGAUAAUCUGUGGUUUGUUUUACAAAAAUUGUACCUUUUUAAUCUGUUAGCACUGUUUCUAUCCUACAAUUCAGUUCCUUUUCCUUCUAGGUUGUUCUGUGUGAGAUUGCUUUUUGUCAUCAAUUUUUCUUUCUAUAGAACUUGUAUUUUCCCUGCCAUUAUACUUCCAACUGCAUUUGGGAAUUAGAGGGUCCCAUAGAAGUUAAUUCUGUGGGUGGGUUUCUAAAGGAGAAAUUCCCCAAUUUUUACCAGCUAACUAGUUAGUAAUAUUUUCAUAAUGGCUUCUCUCAA